GUCCACCUUCUCAAGUUGCUGCAACGAGAAGGUUUCAUACGGGGGUUUGUAGUAGAGGGUAAUCGUAUUAACAUCCUCCUCAAGAGAUAUCAAUUUGCCCCCGUGAUACGCAACAUCCAAGUAGUGUCGAAGCCUAGUCGGGACAUAUGGCUGUUGCCUCACGAACUGAAGGAGCGCACUGG